AUGGACUUGGAGUGGAAAAUUAUCUAUGUGGGCUCUGCAGAAAGUGAAGAAUACGAUCAAGUUUUAGACUCUGUUUUAGUGGGACCUGUUCCUGCAGGAAGGCAUAUGUUUGUAUUUCAGGCUGAUGCACCUAACCCAGGACUCAUUCCAGAUGCAGAUGCAGUAGGUGUAACAGUUGUGCUAAUCACAUGCACCUAUCGAGGUCAAGAAUUUAUUAGAGUUGGCUAUUAUGUAAAUAAUGAAUAUACCGAGACAGAAUUAAGGGAAAAUCCACCGGUAAAACCAGACUUUUCUAAGCUUCAAAGGAACAUUUUGGCAUCUAAUCCCAGGGUCACAAGAUUCCACAUUAAUUGGGAAGAUAACACAGAGAAACUGGAAGAUGCAGAGAGCAGUAAUCCAAACCUACAGUCCCUUCUUUCAACAGAUGCCUUGCCUUCAGCAUCCAAGGGAUGGUCCACGUCAGAAAACUCGCUCAAUGUCAUGUUAGAAUCCCACAUGGACUGCAUGUGACCACCUGUGAUCCUUUUAGUACAAAGUAAGCUACAAAAACACAGAACUAUUUCCCUGAAAUUCCGUAAGUACACAGUCAAGACACAAUGUGAAGAAUUUGUUUAAAAAUCAUUCUGUAGAAAGUUUAUAUGAAAACCAGUAUUUGAACAAAUUGUGGAAUAUAAAUACAACUAUUUUUAAGUAA